AUGCAGUUUGGUAUUAAAAUGUUUUCAGUACCACCAACCAUUGUGUUGUUACACAUUUGAGAUGAGAGGCACACGUUGAGCCUAUUUUAACGAACUAAAACUCCACACUGAUACCGGGGACUGACGGCACUUACGGCGAACGACGGUACAGCUGUUAUUUUUGAGGUUGUAUCCAAAAAGUGCAGAGCGACUGUAGGCAGAACGAGCUAGCGUUAGCUAACCACAGUCAGGUCGGACGGCGACGAGGCCCCAACCGGACGGGAACACGGGGGAACCAUGGCCAACAUCGCAGUUCAGAGGAUAAAACGGGAAUUCAAGGAGGUGCUUAAAAGCGAAGAGACGAGCAAAAACCAGAUAAAGGUGGAUCUGGUGGAUGAGAACUUCACAGAACUUAAAGGGGAGAUAGCAGGGCCACCUGACACGCCAUAUGAAGGGGGUAGAUAUCAACUAGAAAUUAAAAUUCCAGAGACGUAUCCAUUCAAUCCACCCAAGGUGCGGUUUAUCACGAAGAUCUGGCAUCCCAACAUCAGCUCAGUCACAGGUGCAAUAUGUCUGGACAUUCUCAAAGACCAGUGGGCAGCAGCUAUGACACUGAGGACAGUCCUCUUGUCAUUACAAGCCUUACUGGCAGCUGCAGAGCCAGAUGAUCCACAGGACGCAGUGGUAGCCAAUCAGUACAAGCAGAAUCCAGAGAUGUUUAAACAGACAGCGAGACUCUGGUCUCACGUCUACGCAGGCGCUCCUGUCUCCAGUCCGGAGUACACACGCAAAAUAGACAAACUCUGUGCCAUGGGCUUUGAAAAAAAUGCAGUAAUAGUGGCAUUGUCGUCGAAAUCCUGGGAUGUGGAGACAGCGACAGAGCUACUGCUCAGUAACUGAAUUUUGACACCCUCUUCAUCUUCCUCUUAAUCCCCACCUCUCCCUCCUCACACCUCUCUCCUCCAAAUUCCCGCUGUCUGAAGGCGUCCCUCCCCAUCACAACCUCUGUUUCACAGUGGACUCCUCGCCUCCACACUUCCCCUCCUCUCCAGCUCCCCCUUUAUCCCCUCUGUGUGGCAUCUCUCCUCUGUACUCAUCACCUCUGCUGUACCACACUCCAAUCAAUGCUCUGUGAGCUCUUAUCACUGGUUUCUUUUAGUUCAUUCAACAUUCCACUCAGUGCUACAAUCAGAAAUCCAACCAUAUCUCCCCGUCUUUGAAGCAAAUGCCAGACUUAAGACCCCGCCCACAUCUGCCAAUCUCCCAGCUUUUCUGGCUCGGUCCGAGAAGCGGCUGUCAGCGGCUUACCCUUGCCUAUGCAGUGCAUUUACUUUCAUUGGUGAUAACCUUUGUUGGAGAAAGUCAAGCCAUCCAAGGGGGCUCUUUUGGACCUGGUCCUGAUUUUAAACACUUUUGGGCCUGUUUUCGAAACAAGGAUUAAGCCGAGUUCUAAACAUUUAAAAAAUUUCGUACACUGCAUCCAAUAAUCACUACCUUUGCUCGUUCACUAAUCCACCGCAAAAUUUUAGCUUAAUGGUCUUAUGGGACCUUUUGACAGUGUGCGGUACUCUAUGAUGAAGUGAAAAUUAGGAUUUGGGACCCUUAUAAAUUAUGUUUUUUGUUGUUUUUUUUAACAUCACAGAUGUGGUACUGCAUGACAACAAUUUACUGAACAUAUCAAGCUCACGAAGCCAAGCACUGCAUAGUUUUUUUUAGUUUAUUUUUUUAUUUUUUUACACAUCAAAGGGGUAUUUCAUGCUAUGAAUACUACUGUUUUUUUUUCAUUGUUGGAGUUUUUCAGGCAGUAGUAAUGCAUGAAUUGAGCACAUAGAAACGUGGUUAAAGUCAGUACAGUGCACUAGAAAGCAAAUACACAGCGUGCAAUUAUUUAAAAAAAUGCGCAGGUCGGCUUAUUCCGUGUUCUUAAAAGCAGCUCAAAGUGUCACAGAGGUGUUCACGCAGUAGCCAUACUCGUUUACAUGCCACGUCCCCCCCACCAGCCCCACCACCCCCACCCCUUGACAGUCGACAGUUGACGGGCCCAAAACUCCUGCAGGAAAUUCCCUCUUCCUUUCCCCAACACUUUUUCUUGACAUGGCUCACUUCACCUGUCCCUUCCCCCCCCACACACACAUUUUUAAAUUUUUUUAUUUGGUUUUGGCCUCCUACAGGAAUACAUUUGGAUUCUUGUUUUUAAACUGAAAAAACAAACAAACAAAAAAACAUGUUCAGCAGUAACACAACCUGUGACAAGUCUGGAUGGAAAUGGUUCCAAACGAGUUUGAAAAGUCUUGCAUCAUCUUAACUUCGCCAACAGAUAAAUAUGUCAAUGAUUCAUCUGUAAAUAAAAUAUUAAAGUCUGUGUAAAUUAA